AUGGACGCGGCGGUCGCCGCCGGCUGCAGCAUGCAGCAGGUGGUGCUGGGGAAAUACGAGAUGGGGAGUGAAGGCGAGCGGCGCGGCAAGUGGAGGGGCGAUUGGAGGGAGGCGGCGGGGUUGCGAUUGGAGGGAGAGGCGGCGGGGCGAUUGAAGGGAGGCGGAGUCGUCGCCGCUGCUGUGCUGUGUGGGAGUGGGGCGGCUGCACGACUGUGA